CAAACGGAAACCCUCGCAAGCCGUGAGCACGUUGAUGAAUUGCUUUUAUGUUUCUCAAAAUACAUCGGCGAAACCUCUGUGAACUGUAGACGAUGUCUGUAACCGAGAUGUUCAGCUAUAUCCAAGGCUUCCUGAGUGCGGACCAGGACGUAAGAGAGGAGAUUCGCAAGGUGGUUCAGGUCCUGGAACAGACUGCCAGGGAAAUCCUGACAGUACUCCAAAGUGUACACCAACCAUGUGGUUUUAAAGAAAUUCCAAGUAAAUGUAAAAAGGCACGGGAAUUGUUCUGCACAGUUAGGACACACCUUGCAGACCUUAAAACUAAAUUUCCUGUGGAACAGUAUUACAGGUUCCAUGAACACUGGCGGUUUGUUCUGCAGCGCUUGACCUUUUUGGCAGCCUUUGUGGUCUACCUUGAGAGCGAGGGUCUGGUGACCCGGGAGGAGGUGGCCCAGAUUCUUGGCAUCGAGGUAGUCCGAGAGAAAGGUUUUCACCUGGAUGUGGAGGACUACUUAGCAGGUGUACUUAUCAUGGCCAGUGAACUGUCGCGGCUAGCGGUGAACAGUGUGACGGCGGGCGAUUACAGCAGGCCACUUCGCAUCUCCAAUUUCAUCAACGACCUGGAUUCUGGCUUCCGCCUGCUCAACUUAAAGAACGACCCCCUGCGCAAGCGAUACGACGGCCUAAAGUACGACGUGAAGAAGAUCGAGGAGGUUGUGUAUGACCUGUCCAUCCGUGGCCUGGCCAAGGAGUCCGACGUCGGGGGAGACAAGUAAACCCUGGAGGUGGACGUGCUGUGGGGACACUUAGGGUGGCCCAAGGGGGAGGGUGGCGAGCUACUCUAGGCUGGGACCUCUCUGCGACUGCUGCAGACUGGAGACCUCACCCCCCCAACUCUGGGUCACGACCCCAGGGGUCUGCCUGAGGCCCCGGCAGCCUAGGACAGACUGUGAGAGAGACUGGUGCGUGUGUGUGUGUGUGCGUGUGUGUGUGUGUGUUCAUACAUGAGCAGCGUCUUUCAAAAGGAUGACAGUCUGUCAGGAUAGGUGGAAAAGUUGGCGACACAACUAACAUCGGUUUGAUGGUUAAAUUAGGAGGUUCCAUAAGAUGCUGUAUUUUAAAAAGAAAAAAAGUUCAUUUGUGACAGCGUCAUCCAGUAAACAUUUUUCAUUGUUAGUUGGUUUUGUGAUAGUGAAACUCCCACGUUCUUGUCGCUGAGUUACACGAUAUUGACAUUUAAUUUUUGAAAGUUGAUGGCCACACAAAAAAGAGGUGCGGCCACGCUGAGCUUAUGUUUUGUGGUUGUUUGUGUUUAUUGGUAAACUACAAAAGUGAGUAUCUCGUUUUUAUAAAAAUGUCUUAAAGCAUGAUGCUAUUUCUUCGGCCUCUGAAUAUGCUGUCAAAAUGUUAAGUUAUCCAAAUGGACUCGUUAGAGAGUUCAGGGGCCUCAUUUAUAAGAAUGUGUACUUGAACGGAUCGUAUGAUGUAAACUGUCAUAAAGGCUAAAAAAAACAAACAAUGUAUGCAUUUAUCAUCUUAAAUUGCUACCUUGGUUAAUAGCAAUUUGAUUAGUUUUUGAUAUUGGUUCAUUGCAGGAAAAAAAAUCUAUCUGCAGAUCACCACUUUGGCUUGCACUGUAUAUAUAUAUAUAUAUAUAAAAAAAAAAAAAAAAAACAAAACACACAGAACUUUCACGUGGGAAGUUUUGUAAAUGAGGCCCCAGGAAAGGCUGAGCCAAAGAAAUGACUUGCGUGCCCUUGACAGGAAAUAAAAGCUAUAGCCUCGCCAUCUUGUUAGGGUCACUUAUACAGCUGUCAGGGUACGCCAGCAGAAUGGUGCCAGUGGAGUGUGUCUGUUGUGCCAUUUUCACCUUUUGUUUGUGAAGCGAUGCUUUGUCUGGAUAACAUCACACAUUAUGAUGUCAUGAGUCACCAUGUUGAAGGUUCUUCCAACAGGGUGGCGUGCUGCAUGUUAGGCUUCAUUUGUAGCGUGGAACAUUGUUUUUCACUCGAUACAACGCCAUGUUAGUUUUCAGUUUGUUGGACAGUCUGCUUCAGUCACUUCCUUUUUGCUUGUAUAGUGUAGUUAGUUGUAUUUUCUAGGAAUACUCUGCUUUUGCUCUGUUCAUUACAUGCUUUUGUCUCCUGGAGUUAUAAGCGAAUUUGACUCUGCUUACAAAUGAUUCCAUUUGAUUUCCAUAUGUGCUGUAUAUUAUAAUUGUUUGAUCAGAAUCCUUUUUUGGAUCAGUUGCUCUUAAAAUGCUUUAAAAACAUUUUUUUUGAAAUUUCAGUGCCAUGUUUAUUCUUUGACAGCUGAAAAUGCAGCUCGAUUUGAUGCCAUUGUUAGGGCUAAAACUAAUGUUAUUUGUGCUAGCCAUGGAAUUUAUUAAUGACGGGUAAAUGUGAAAGUGCGGGUACACAGAGUGGAAUAGCAAAUCUACUCCCAUCACGGCGGCACAGUGGUUAGCGCUGUCGCUUCACAGCAAGAAGGUCCUGGGUUCGAACCCCGAGGUUGUCCAACCUUGGGGGUCAUACCAGGUCGUCCUCUGUGUGGAGUUUGCAUGUUCUCCCUGUGUCUGUAUGGGUUUCCUCCCGGUGCUCCGGUUUCCUCUCACCAUCAAAAAGACAUACAUGUUAGGGUUUAUACUCCUGUCUGUACCUUUGACCGAGGCAAUGGAAAGAACUGGAGUUGGUCCCCAGGUGCCGCAGCUGCCCACUGCUCCUAGCUACACAGCUAGGAUGGGUUAAAUGCAGAGACCAAUUACCUCAUGUGGAUUAAUAA